UCCCCGGGUGGCUGGCGGAAGGAUGGCUGCCAGAGCUGCCGUGGUGGGUGCGCGGUCCCUGGAGCCCCUUGAUUUUGGCAGUACUGCUGAUAUUAUUAAACUAAUACCUAAGGAUCUAUUUGCUGAGCUAUGUGAGCGAAUUAUUCAGCAUCUUCACUGUCAGAUCGCAGGUGUAAAUACAGUAGAACUAUGCCAGAGACUUCAAACAGCUGGAGUUGAAAUGAAAGUUGCUGACCUGGCAAAGAUAAUUAAUGUUGUUUCCUUUUUAUUUGGCACAGCGGCCAAAAACAACCUGUCUGCAGAAGAACUCUCCACUGGUCUGGGUAAUGCAAUCAGUAUGCUGCCAAAACAUGCCGUUCAGGUUAUUCGCCAUAUAUGGAAUGAACAGGGUAAAUCUAUCAUUAUGUCAGAAGAUGCUAGAAAUAUGGCAACAGUGGGACAGAUUAUAGAUAUUCAAUGGAAACUGGGAAUGGCAGUGAGCUCUGACAGCUGUAGGUCUCUUAAGUACCCUUACGUUACAAUGACACUAAAAGUGGCAGAGCCUUCGGGCCAGAUAAUGAGCAAGUCUUUUGAAAUGACAGUCCCACAGUUCCAGGACUUCUUCAGACAUUUCAAGGAAAUAGCAGCUGUUCUUGAAACAGUUUAAAUACUUCAAAGAUACACUUUACUUGAUCCACAUAAGCCUUCCCAUCUUGCACAAGUAAUUGUGUCAAUGUUUAAGGAAGGUAUGUAUUCUCAUGGUCUUAUCAGAAUAUUUUCCAAUAGCUUCCUUUUUUUUGGAUCACACUGAAAGCUUUUUUUAUGUAACUUUUCUUCUAAAUAUAUGAAAGAACAAACUCUUGUAAGGUGGCAAUCUGAGUAAAAGUGUAUUUAGCUCUAUUCAGCCAGAAGAUUGUGCUACGUAGCUAAGGACAUGUCACAACCUGAGACUUUUCCUACUGUUCAACAGCGGAAGCUACGUACUGUAUAUAAACUCUGCAAUGUGGAAACACCCAUGAAAAUGCUAACUGAGCAAACUACUGGAAGAAGUGUAAACCCCAUGUUUACACUUUUCUCUAUAAAAUCAUGCCAUUGAUGUGCACAUGGAAUCAAUUAUAUCAUUAGCUAUGUAGAGUACAUAAAAUUACAGUCAGCAAGCAUAUUGUUAGCCAUGAAGAAUAGUGUCAUCACCGAACUGAUAAAUUCCAGUUAUAUCAAGUAGGUUGGAAGCCUAAUAUUUACUCCCUUUUGUUAAUUAUUGGAGAACAUCUUCCAUCAUUCUAUUAAUAAAUGAUUGUUACUUCAGUGUAAGAUUAGUAUCACUGAAAUAUUUCCAUAAAUCUGGAUUUACUAUCUCCUAUUGCAGUAAAUAUCUCUAGUAACAGAGACCUAAAAACUUCCCUGCACAGAACUAAUAACAUUGACUAAGCAGAAUUUGUAGGGAAGUUUACAUUUUAAAAAAGUGAACGUGUGUUCAAAAAAUACUUUUGAAGCAAAUAGAUACAGUUGAUAGCACAUUAUUUUGUUGCUUAUGUAUGUUCUAUAGUAAAUCCAACUUUAAACUUGUGGCAUUUACUUAUUAUUCUGAUCAGCAGAUUUUGUUUCCUAAUUAAGCUGGAAGCUUGAUGCAGUUGCAUCACUUGGUCUUUUGAACUGGAAAUUCGAAGUCAAGAAAUGGAAACUUAAGGUCAGCCUGAGCUAAACACAUCAUUUACGACAAUAUUAAGAGUCUGACAGUCUCUUAGCUGCAGUACUUUCUCUGGUAGGAGUGCACAGGACUGCAUUGCUGUCUGUCCAGAGACCAGUUGUCCUUGUCAGUCAGCAGUAAGAUUCUGACUUAGUGGCUAUCUGUGAUCAAGAAUAAGGAUAACUUCAAAUACGGAAUAAUCCAGGUUUCCAUUUUUGAGUGUCUUCAUAUAAACUGAAUAAUUUAAAAUGGAAGAUUACAACUAAAUAGAAUUAGACAUACUGAAAACAAAAUAUUCUGACAUAAUAAGUAUGCUGCUGGUGUUCAGAUCAGAUCAUGCUUUGCUUGUGCAGUGGAGCAAAUAAGUCCUGUAUGAAAACAGAAUGGAUGAGGGCUAUCUGACUCAGGCUUUGUCUUGAUGAUGAGACUAGAUGAAAAUAGGCUGAGGCAAGCAAUGGGGAAAAAAUUGGCAACAGUCAUCUAUGUGCUACUGACAGAGGGGCUGCAUCCACCAUUUGACCUAGUUUCACAAUAUUGAAGGUGGUUGUAACAAGAGCUGCUUUUAGAAGAUCAAGUAGCAGUGCCAUAUAUAUAAUAUAUAUAAAAAAGCUGCAUCAGAAAGAAGGUGUGUGUGUGUAUAUUCUAUAUAUAUAUAUAUAUAUAUAUAUAUAUAUAUAUAUAUAUAGCUAGAAGAGUUCAUCUCUUCUUUCUGAUGCAGCUUUUGCUAUCGUGAUCCCUGCCUUUUGUCACCUCAGGACAAUAUGAUUGAAAUGCACUCUGUGUUGUGGGUGCACUCUGGAACCAUUCAAACUCAAGGCUGUGCAGAGUGUAUCUGCCCCUUUGAGCAUAAUGCGGGGAGCACAGCACCAAUACUCAGUUGCACCGGAUUCCAGAUGAACUGGAAGAUGAUGGGUUUAACCUUUAAAACUAAAUAGUUUAGGACCUGGAACCUUACUUGAGGGACUGUCUGUGCAGUUCAGAUCAGUAGGCGUGCACAAGUGGCACUUGAUUGAUCUGAAAAUGAGAGGAGGCUGCUUGCAGAACAUUCUCUGGGAGAGGGCAUGGCCUCUAGAAUGUACUUCCUUCCUCAUUCUGCCAGAGCCUGGGUGUCUCGGCCUGGGCAUACUACAAAGUCCACUUUUUAUGAGCCUUCAGGGAGAUGGUACAGAGAGUCUCAUCACAUGGUCAGUCAAAGGAUUUCUAGAAGAGCCUAAAUUGGUGUUUGUAAUUAGAACCUAUUUUGUUUUUUUAGGCGACUGCAUUUAAGAGUUUUGGGGACUGUUCUUAGACAUGUGCAUAGGUGACAGAAAAGUAAAAUAAAAAACAAAUAACAAGUUGAACCCAAAAUUUGUGGUUCGACACUUGAUACUUAAAUUGCUGUUACAAACUCUAGUCAGACUUUGUAUAGCUGAUAAUGUUUGUGCUGACAUUGGAACGUGUGGAGAAAAGACACUUUGGUUAUUGAUGCCUUUUUGUCCAGAAACGUUAAACUAGCAUUAAUAGCAGCUUCUUCAAGUGAAGAUUGAGAGUUUUGGUUACCAGUUCUGUUUACCUCUCUUCACAAUAUGGCAGUUGGAGCAAUUUGCAGUAACCCUAUUUCCAGUAGAGACAGGGAAGUGUUAGUACCAUUAUACAAGGCACUGGUGAGACAUCAUUGGGAAUACCAUGUGCAAUUCUGGUCUCCCAUGUUUAAGAAAGAGAUGAGUUCAAACUGGAACAGAUGCAGAGAAGGGCUACUAGGAUGAUCAGAGGAAUGGAAAACCUGCCUUGAGAGGAGACUCCGAGAUUGGCUUGUUUAGCUUAACCAAAAGAAGGCUGAGGGGAGAUAUGAUUGCUUUCUAUAAGUACAUUGCAGGGAUAAAUACCAGGGGGAGAGAGAAGAGUUAUUUAGCCAAUGUUGACACAAGAACAAAUGGAUAUAAACCGGCCAACAACUUUAGGCUCAAAAUUAGGCGAAGGUUUCUAACCAUCAGUGGAGUAGCCUCUGGAAUAACCUUCCAAGAGGAGUAGUGGGAGCAAAAAACCUAACAGGCUUCAAGGCUGAGCUUGAUAAGUUUAUGGAGGGGAUGGGAUGAUGAAAUUGUCCACAAUGGCAUGUGGCCCAUCGGCAACUGCCAGUAGCAAAAAUCCCCAACAGCUGAAUUUGGGACACUAGAUAGGGAGGGCUCUGAGUUAUUACAGAUAAUUCUUUCCCAGGUAUCUGACUGGUGGGUCUUGCCUACAAAUGCAGGGUCAGCUGAUGCCAUAUUUGGGGUUGGAAAGGAAUUUUUCCCCUGGGUCAAAUUGACACAGACCCUGGGGUUUUUUCACUCUCUGGGCCAUGGGUGACUUGCAGGUUUAAACUAGUGUAAAUAAGGAAUUCUCUAUAACUUGAAGUCUUUAAACCAUGAUUUAAGGACUUCAGUAACUCAGCCAGAGUUUAGAGGUUAUAUUUCAGGAGUGGGUGGAUGAAGUUCUAUGUCCUGCAAUGUGCAGGUCAGAUUAGAUGGUCAUGAUUGUUCCUUCUGACCUUAAAGUCUGAGUCUAAAACUGUCACGUUAUGGCAACCUGAGACCAUAAUGCCAGAAACAUUAACGAAUACUUUGUGAAACGUCCCUGCAUGCCAGGGUAUUGAAACUUGCUGGAAGAACCCCAGAAGCCUGAGUUUGGUAUGACUGUUCUGAUAAAUCUCAAUGAACACCUUUUUGAUUUAUCUUGUUUUAAAUAGAUGGUGACUGAAAGUUGGCUAUUGAGGCAAAUCCCAGAUGUUUUAUUCAGUCAUCUGUAAAAAUUACAGCAUUAAACAAUGGAGCAAUUAAAUACUCAACUAAAAUUUUUUAGAAAUUGAAUUAUGUGGAAUAGUGAUACUGGCAAGUUAGACAAAAACAACUUUUUACUAUUGUGUCUGUGGAACUAGAUUUGUACCAGAAUAAGUAAUCCCAUCUUGUCUUUAAUAUUACUUUCCAUUUUAAUACAGAUUUCUAUACCAUGCAUAUUUUUGUAUGUUUACAAACUAAGUUAUUAAAUAUUUGAAUAACAAAUUUAAAA